UGGAUUACGUCUUCCGCCUCCAGCCAGGAACGGACGGUCGGGUGCCCAACGUCCCUGACGAACCUCUACCCACUUCAACUUAUAUAGAACUGGAUCCAACCACAGAUCCGAAUCCAUCAAAGGACAGAGAGGCACGGGGUACCAGUGAACCACACAGCACGGUCGGCACACCAAAAAAAGGCAGGCUCCAGCAUUCCAAGUCGGUCCCGCCGCAACGCUGGGACGACUGACCUCAUUGAUCGCCCCAAGUGCCUCCCCACUGCCAAGCAAUCGGUUUCCGGUGUCACUCGAUAAUAAUAGCUCCAACCUGUGGUGGCUUUGUGGCUUGUGAAUUUCCCUUCCCUCCUCCCAUAUCCCCUCAUUAUCCCUCCCCUUGAGAGAGAAGCUCAGUGUCAACAAUGUCCGACACGGCCCUUCCUGAACCAACUGCGCUCCCUGCGCUAUCCGAUGCGCCUCCAUCGAGUGCCGGUCACUCCUCCGGCACGGCAGCCGUCGACCAGCCGCCGCCACAGGCUGCCAUUUCCGAUGAGCUCAAGGCUCGUUUGGACAAAGUGAUAUAUUCCGAGAUUGGUAUUACUACUCUCCUUGCUCGAUUGAAGCAGAGCGUGGCCUCUGCUAGGGAUUUCUCAUCCUUCCUGAAGAAACGAGGCUCCCUUGAGGAGGAGCAUGCUCAGGGGUUGCGGAAGCUCUCUCGCGCCGUCAACGAUGCUGCGCAACGAACCGAGAACCGACAGGGCACUUACAGCUCCAGCUAUAAAGAUAUACACCACCUGCAAGAGCGCAUGGCUGAUCAUGGCCUGCAAUUCUCCGUUUCUCUCCAGCAGAUGGCCGAUGACCUGCACGAGCUGUCGACUAGAAUUGAACGUGGUCGCAAGCAGUGGAAACAGACUGGAUUAGCCGCGGAGAAAAAGGUCAUUGAUGCUGAAGCCCAGGCUGAAAAGGCAAAGGCCAAAUACGAGUCAUUGGCAGAGCAGUACGAUCGUGUUCGAACGGGUGAUAAGACUGGUGGAAAGUUUGGCUUGAAGGGUCACAAGUCGGCAGCUCAGCAUGAAGAGGAUCUUCUGCGCAAAGUUCAGAAUGCUGAUAGUGACUAUGCAGCCAAGGUUCUAGCGGCUCAAGCAGAGCGCAAAGAAUUGGUGUCUACCCACCGGCCACAGGCAGUGCACAAUCUUCAGCAGUUGAUUGCCGAGUGUGACUCCGGGUUGACCCUGCAACAGCAAAAGUUUGCUACCUUCAGCGAGAAGCUGCUCCUUGGUCAGGGUCUCUGUGUCAGUCCUAUGAAGACGGAGAAUGGAGCCCCAGUCCCGAAGAGUCUGGCCGAGGUGGUGCGCCAGGUUGACAAUCAGAGGGACUUCCAGGAAUUCAUCCUCAGCCACGCCGGGAACCCCGGCGCCGUCAGCGGGCCAGAAGUUCAAUAUGAGCGCCAUCCGACCCUAGGCGGCGGCGGCGCAGCCGCAGCACCGGCCGCAGGCCCGCCUUCCCAGACGAGCACACAAGCUAAACGACAAUCUACCUUGCCACCGACCUUCUCUCAACCUAACAUCGCUUCUCCUGCUAGUCAACCACCCCAGAGUAGCACAGAUCGUUUCCAACCCCUUCCAUACCCAACACAGGGAGAGCCUAUCUCAGCGCCUCCUUCACAGCCCCCUUAUCCCGCCUCCGGCCUCCCAGCUCACGAACCAGCGCCAGCUCCCGUUCACGCUCCAGCGCCGAUGAUGGGUGGUUCCGCUCCAUUGAUGCAGGGUCCCCCUCCGAUGGACCGGGCUGCUCUGCAGUCCAACCUGCCGCCGCUGAAGCCCGUGUUCGGCGUGACCUUGAAUGACCUGUAUGCUCGUGAUGGAACCGCGGUGCCUUUCAUCGUCUACCAGUGCUUCCAGGCCGUGGAGCUGUUUGGUCUCGAGACCGAGGGCAUCUACCGACUGUCCGGCAGUGCCAACCACAUCAACCAUAUGAAGGCGGUCUUCGACAACGACGCAUCUAAGGUUGACUUUACCAGCCCGGAGAACUUCUACCAUGAUGUCAAUAGUGUUGCAGGUCUGGUGAAGCAGUUCUUCCGUGACUUGCCCGAGCCGCUGUUCACGUCGCAGUUCUACUCCCAGUUCAUCGAUGCUGCUCGCAUCGAGGACGAUACCCAGCGCCGCGACUCGUGCCACGCGCUCAUCAACAGCCUGCCAGAUGCCCACUACGCUACUCUGCGGGCAGUAAUUCUGCAUCUGAACAAGGUGCAGGAGCACUACACUUCGAACCGGAUGAAUGCCGGCAACCUGGCCAUCUGCUUCGGACCGACUCUAAUGGGCGCUAACUCGGGCGGCAACAUCGCCGACGCCGGUUGGCAAGUCCGAGUGAUUGAAACGAUCCUCAACAACACCUUCCAGAUAUUCGAUGAUGACUAGAUUAUUCAUCUAAUCCUCAUAUGAUGAUCAAACAUACUUUUCCUUAGGGUCAUCGUCUCUUCUCGCGCCGUGAUAUCCAAAAACCGGGUUCACCUUCUAGUUUUCUGUUCUACGAACCUACCCAUCUGAUUUUUGGAUCUUCCCUCCACUCGAUUCCCAAUUCCCGUUUGAUACCGUCCUCGUCGUCGCGUGUCCCCUUGCGCCUGAAAUAGCAUGUGUCUUUGUCGCUCGUCCUUUGGCCCCCGCUCAUAGGAUCGACAUUGAAAUAAGACCCUUGUUUUUCUUUUUGCCUCUGUACAUAGAAUCCGUUUUUUCUCUGCAUGUGGCGCUCGAGCCUGUGCAGGACUAGCUUAGUUCCCCCUUUCGUCAUGUCGAAUUUACGAUGGCCCUAAUUACUGCGGUCUUUUUCUUGGUUG